AUGACCCGUCAGUGCUGCGUGCAGACGGCGGCGGGGGCCGGGGAGAAUCCCCGGGAAAGUCCCCCUUCCAACAGGGCAAGGCAGGAUGGGCAGCGGGGCCGCACCCAGGGCAGCGCGGAGGCCGGCCCGGUCCCCUGCGCCCCGAGAGCCACGUCCGCGGCGGCGUCCCCAGCGCGCGAGCCCCCGGCUGCGGGCCCCGCGUCCCGCGGGCGCGGGGCCGCGGGGGCGCGGACUGGUCUGUCCCCACACGCGGAUUCGGGCCCGGGGAGGCGCCGCCCGUUCCCGGGUUUGCGCUCGUGUUUUCCGGGAGCGCGAGUGCCCGAGGCCCGGAGCCGCCGCGAGAGGCGGGUGGGAGCGCGGAGCCCGGCUGCGAGCGAGAAACAAAAGCCCGCCGGGGGCGGCCGCGUCGGGAGGAGCCACCGCUCGGCGGCUCCGGGUCCCCAUCCGGUCCCGCUCCGAGUCCCCGCGCGGGAAGCGGCCGCCGCGCUCCCCCGUCCCGCCCGUCCCCGGAGCGCGCAGGCGGCUGGAGGCGCCACAGUCGGAUUCACGGCCCGGGAGGCGCCCCCCCCCCCCGCGCAACGGGCCGGCGACAGCGAACGGGAAACUGACGGGAGGCGAGCGGGGUCCGCCCUCCGCCCCGCACGCCGGCUCCGCUCGCUGCUCUGGGCCGCCGCUGGCCGGGACGCGGGGCGGCCGCCCCGCAUGGGGACUGGGGGGCCCGCGCUCGCUGCUGCCUCCCGAGCUCCGCCGGGUCCCCGGGUCUCGCCCCACUUGCCCCCCAGCCCCCACGCGCGGCCCGCCGACCCCCGCCGCAUUCCGCACCCCAGUGCCACCCGCUCCGCCGCGCCCCCGGCUGCCCCAUCCCGCCCCCACCGAGCGAGUCACCACGCGGGGCGCGCCCGGGGUGGCUGCGGGGUUGGCCGCGGGCGCCCGCUCUCCGUCCGCCGCGCGGCUCCCCCGGGGCUCGCCCGGCGCCUCCUGGCACCGACCCUGCAGCGCCGCGUCCUUAAAGGCGCCGCCAGCCCCGCCGGCCUUUGUCCGCCCGGAGGCGAAGGUCACGCCAGGGGGGAGGGGGGCGCCGCGGGGCCGGAGGUGCGGCAGCCCUACACCUUUGCAGAGGUCCACCAGCACCCAGACUUCCCCCAGGGAGAAAAGCAGCUCAUCUCCAUGGAGAUGGCCCAGCCCAAAGCCCAAGUCUCUCUUGCGCCCGUGCAGCCUCCCACUCUCUGCGGCGUGAGCGCGGGGCUCUUCCAACCUGCAGGUACCAGGCCCCCCGGGCCACGCCGCCAGCCGGCCCUGGCUUUCCGCCCUGAGGGUCGCUGGGGCCUGGACGCAGGCCCGCCCCUCGGGCUCCCCCCCAGCACAUGGCGCUGUGCCCUCCGCCCUUCCAGCGCAGCCUCCCCAGGAGGCCACGGCCUGCAGGUGGACGUGAGGGUCUCGUGCGGGGCUGUGAAGCUCUGGAGGUUUGCCGGCCCCGGCACACACACCUGGUGUGACCGCACGAACUCGGAGAAGCUGCUUUGUCUCCGGAGAAGCCACACCAGGGCUUCAAGUGGCGGUGGCCUGAACGCUGGCCUUCAGAGCCCAGGACGGGCGCCGGGCGCGCGGAGCCCCUCGGGCCAAAUCCCCCAGGGUCUCGCGCUCCAGGGCGCGCAGUCGUCCCGCUCCGCAGGGCCAUCCGCCCUCCCGCACAGCGGAGGCGACUCCGAGAGGGGAGAAAACGCUGCGGGCCGCGGCCGGCGGGCCACCUGCCUGGGGGCCGCCGUCCCGGCCGCGGGCGCGGGCCUGCACGAAGCCGCCCGGCCGCGCGCGGACCCCGGGGCCCCGGCACCGCCCCGCGCGGCCCGUCCGGCCAGCCCAUUGGGCCAGACGCGCGCCGCCCGCGUGUCCGCGCACCGCCAUUGGCCCGAGCCCGCGGCCCAGACAAAGGGAGCGGCGGCGGCGGGCGCACCCCUCCCGCCCCGGGGCUCCUGCCGGGACCGCGGCCGCUGCCGCCUCCUCGUCUUCCCCGAGGGCUCCGCGGCCGUCUCCCGGAGCUCGGCGGGGAACGGGGGAACGCGGAGCCCAGGCCGGGAAGGAUGCGCGCGGGCCGGGGGUGCGACCUGCGGCGAGAGCCCCUGCCCAGCGGCGGGACGCGCCGCUCCCCGGCCUCGGCGCCCCGUUCCCGGCCUGCAGGGCCGCGGGGAUCUUCCCCGGGGACGGCGCCUUGGAAGCUGGAUGCUGCGCCCGGACUGGAAGCUCCUCGCGCUUCCUGAGGACUUGACUCGGAGGGGUGCGUCGCCGGGGAGGGAGGGACGGGCCGUGGGGCGACCGGCCGGGUGGGGAGUGGCUUCCGGGGGCCCCUCGCCAGCGGAGGGCCCGCGAGGCCGCCCUCGGAGCGCCGCCAGCCCCGAGACCCUGCUUCACGUUGUCCCAAGUCGUGGUUACCGGGCCGCGGAGAGGGGGCCCGACGACAGGAAAAGCCCCUCCACUCGGCAGAGCGCUCAGUUUCGGUUUCCACCUUCCGGGGACGGAGAUGAGGGGUUCCCGGGGCCCUCGCUGCACGGCCUGGCUGGCCCGGGCGUGGGGCUCCUGGUGCAGACCCGCAUCCACCAAAGCCCUGGAAUAAAACUCAACAAACCCGUGCUAGGCCUCAGGGCCCGGCACAAGUGCCGGAAGGAGCGAGCGGGACUCCCAGGCACUUCUGUGGCCCAGGUACGCAGACUGCGGGCAGGGACGCGGCUGUCGGUUGGGGCUGAGCCAAGAGGUCCCAGCACCAGAGGGACCGGAGGUCCGGGUGUCCCGGCCGUCGAGGUCUUCUGGGCCCAAGUGCGAUCCACCCGGGAGCUGUGCCCUAGACGCUCUGCAGCCUCGGAGCUGAAGAGGACAAUCGACUCCAGAGUCUCGGGCCCUCGGAGCACCCGGGGGAGCCGGAGCGUGUGCCAGGACAGCGGCUCCGCGCAGGACCCUCCGCGGGACACUGGGGACCGGGAGCUGCGGGGCCUGGCCACCGCGUGCGAAACGCCUGCGCUCCGGGACGACCAGCGCUGGCGGACCCGCUGCGCCCUCCAGCCCGGACCCGUCGGCUCCGCUCUCCCGGCGGCGGCGGGUCCUGCUCCUUCCCCUCCCCCACGGACGGGCCGCUUUGUGGAGCACCGAGGGAGCCCCGCGCCUGCCGGCGCCCGGUCCCCCUUCCGGGGUCGUCCUCCGGGCCGCCGCGACAGCCCCGCAGGGCAGGGCCUCGCCGAGACUCGGGCCACGACGCGGCCGGCCCGGCGCGCGCCCUGGUCCUGCCGGGCCGCGAACCGCGCACCCGGGCGCGAGGGCGGUGCGUGCCGCGGGCGGCUGCGGAUGCCGGCCCAGAGGCCUCUCCAGGGCCGCCGACCCAUCCCUCAGGAGGCAGGGGCUCUACCUGUCGCCUCCAGGACUUUCCCGAAGCCUCUGUCUCUGCGCAUCGAUGUAUCCCCGCUGCCGUUGCGCCAGGAAGCAGGCCCCAGCGGCGGUGGCCUUGGCCUGGGUGCCCGGGUUCGCGCGCUGGGCUGCCCAGCCCCACGGCUCUUGCCCUGGCCUCCAGCUGACCCCGGCUUCCAGUUGCGCCAGGAAACAAUCGCUGGGGUCUUCCAGGGGCAGUCUCUGGCCCAGGCACCUGCAAGCCCCCCAGGACCCCCGCAGACAUGGGGGCAUGGGGACCCCGAGCCCCAGUACAGCUGCAGUAAGGAGAGAAUUCGCUUUUCACUGCCAGAUGACGGUGUUUAUCGGUCUUCCGACCCCGACAGUCCCCAGGCCUUGGUGGUCACAGGCAUCCCCAUGGCUCUGAGCUGA